AUGUCUGCAACUACUAAUCCAUACUGGGAAGAAAAAAAAAGAUCUCUUGAAGAACAAAUUGAUCCAAGUUUCAGCAGAGAACAUGAAACAAUCAAUCAAUUGACUCAAUUAACUCAAGCUCAAGCUCAACAUAACCAACAAGCUCAACAAGCUCAUCAACAAGCGCAACAACAAGUUCAACAACAAGCCCCAGAACAUCAACAAGUUACACAUGCUGCUGUUCCAACUCAACAACCUCAUCCACAAAAUUUGAAUGAAGGUUUUGAUGUUGCUGCUGUUGCAGUUGCUGCUUCAAAUGAUGGUCCAGAUCAAGGUGAUGAUGGUUCAAAAGAUGAUGAUGGUUCACCAUUAAGUCGUAAUGGCAGACAAUUAACAAAUACUAAAAGAGCUGCACAAAAUAGAAGUGCUCAAAGAGCUUUUAGACAACGUAAAGAAAUUUAUAUUAAAGAUUUAGAAGAAAGAGUUAAAGAAGUUGAUGCUUUAAAACAAACAAUUGAAACUUUAAAACAAGAAAAUAUGCAAUUAAGAGAUUAUAGUUUAGCUUUACAAGCAAAAUUAAUUGAACAACCUGAUGUUCCAGCUCCUCCAGUUGUUUUUGGUUCAAGAUCUGGUAAAAAAGAGUAA